AUGUACCCGGCCUGGGGCUUGUACGGGGCGGCGGGGCACUACCCGCCGCCGCCCACCUCCAUCCCGCCCCCGCCGCUGCCCAUCCCUCCCCCCAGCCUACCCGCCGCCGGGCCCCGCGCCCCCGCCGCCACCGCCCCACCGCCGCCGCCCGCCGGUACCUCGGGGUUCCUGAGCCUGCAGGAGCAGCACCUGGCGCAGCUGCAGCAGCUCCAGCAGAUGCACCAGAAGCAGCUGCAGUCCGUGCUGCUGGGGCCGCCGCCGCCGCCGGGGCCACCCCCUCCGGGGCUGCCGCCGCCGCCGCUGCCCGGCUCCUUCACCGACUGGCAGCAGCCGCCGCCACCCGUGCCGCCGCCGGUCCGCAGCUACCAGAAGCAGUUCGCCCACCGCGAGCCGCCGCCUCCAACCCGCAAGCCGCCCGCCGCCGCCCGGGAGCGCGACGGCCAGGAGCCGCCGGGCGGGCACGGCGACUGGGGCGAGCCAGUGCCCUCCUCGCCGGUGCCCAUGGACAUGGAGCUGUCCUCGCCGCCGCAGUCCCCGCAGCCCGCCGCCCAGGCCUACCUGCCCCCGGCCCAGGCCUACCUGCCGCCCCCCACAGAGCCGUACCUGCCCCCCACCCAGCCACCCCCGGCACAGUCCCCACCGCUCCAGCCCUACCUGUCCCGGGCGCAGGCCUCCCAGCCGCCCCCCUCCUUCUCGGAGCCCCCGCCCUCCUACCUGGAGCCCCCGCCGGCCACCGCCUCCCAGCCCUACCUGCCGCCUCCUGCCCAGGGCUACAUGGCGCAUCCCCAGCCCUACCUGCUCUCCUCCCAGGCCUCCCCUUCCCAGCCGCCAGCGCAGCCCAGCCUGGCCGCCUCCAUCCCUCCGCCGGCCAAGCCGUCGCAGGCCCAUUUUCCCCCACCCCAGCCAUCCUUGCCCCUGCCCACCGCUGCCCAGCCGGAGGCCACGCAAGGUGCCACCAAGGAGGCCAGUGGCACCGAGCAGCCGGACCCUUCCACCAUGACUCCCCAGGAACAGCAGCAAUACUGGUACCAGCAGCACCUGCUUAGCCUGCAGCAAAGGGCAAAAGCCCAUGCUCAGGGACAGCAGCAAAUUAAAGGUCCAGUAGUGAAGGAUGCAUCUGAGCAGAGAGCAAAGUCUGAAGAAGGGAAGAUGAGUGCUUCAACUCAGCAGUCUGAACCUCCUCCGCUUAAUGAAUCCCUGCCUCCAGCUUCCAAAGAAGAUGAGUCUUCUCUUACAUCCACUGAAACUCAGCUCAAUAUUGAACCUCCUGAUGACCCUGAGGAAGAUUUGAGAUUGCAGCAAUUGCAAGCGGCAGCAGCUCAAUGGCAGCAGCAUCCCCAUCACAGGGUUGGAUUUCAAUAUCAGAGAAUAAUGCAAAAGCAUGCCCAGCUGCAGCAGAUAGUACAGCAGUAUCAACAGAUCAUGCAACAGCCUCCACACUUACAGACAAUGUCAGUGGACAUGCAGCUGCGACAUUAUGAGGCACAGCAAAAACAGUUCCAGCAGCUUCAUAAAGAUUGGGAGCGAUCAAUGAACCAACAGUGGCAGCAUCAGCUUCAAACCUACCCUCACAAAGACCAGCUUCAAGAGUAUGAGAAACAGUGGAAAGCAUGGGAUGAACAGAUGAAGGUCACUCAGUCCCAUCUGCAGGAGAAAGUGAGCUCACUCCAAAAUCUGAAGAAUCAGUAUCCUGCAAAUGUGUCGCUGCCACCUCCAUUUGUUCCAUAUUCUCAAACCACUCAAGGUGGCAUUCCUAUUAUGCCUCCAACUUUACCUUCAACUACACCUCCACUGGUCCCCCCGCCUCUCUCUUCUGUUUCUCAGUUAUCUAAUUCCUCUGUCCCUUCAGGAUCCAGUUCUCAAAGCAGUCAAUCUACUGAGACACCAAGGCCAGCUCUGCUUCCCACCCCUGGUACCUAUGCAUCAAAAAUAGCUAGUUCAACUGUCUAUUCACCUUAUCAUUCUCAAGUAAGUUCAUCUUUUGGCUCUUCAGACCACGGAAAGUCUCAAGUUCAUCUUAGUAAACAAACUGCCUCUAUUUCGUCUGAGCAAGGAUGUGGGGAACUGAAAGCUACUUCUGCAGUGUCUUCAACACAUGCACCUACUAUGCAGGAUAAACCAGUGAGGUCAGGUGGAUUGCUUCCAGAUCCUCCCAGAUCAGCACGUUUUGAAGGCCCCAGAGGCCCUAGAGAGCAAAAAGAACAGCUACAGAAGCUGAAAGAGUUUAAACCUGACAUUUCCACACAGGACUCUCCAAGAUCACAGAACACAAGCACAAGGCCAGCUAUUAAACCUUCUCCUGCUGUUAUUAUAAAGCCUCCCGUGUUGUUCAGACAGCCCACCCCUGUGACAAGACCAAGUGCCCCACUGACAAGGCCUGCUACACCUAUGACAAGGCCACAUGCUCCAGUUUCUACUCCAACUACAACCCCAAGUCAUGGUCAGUGUUUAAAACCAUCACCUUCUACUGUGGAACAGGAACGCUGGGAUGAGGAUUCUUUCCACGGACUCUGGGACACAAAUGAGGAUAAAGGAGCAAAUAUGGAGUACGAGUUGUGUAAACAGGAGUCAAUGAUGCCUCCACCUGUCUCCUCACCUGUGAAAGUACCUGCUGUUCACACCUCUGUUCCGUCAGCUGUGCCAGUGUCCCUUCCUCCAGUUAUUCCACCAGUUCCUAAAGCACCUGUAAUUCAGCAAACUGUGGAUUAUGGCCAUGGGCGAGAUAUAACCACCAGUAAAGUGGAACAGAUUCCAUAUGGGGAGAGGGUAACCCUGCGUCCGGAACCUCUACCGGAGAGGCAAACAUUUCAAAAAGAGCACCCUGGUCGUUACAACAGAGAAAGAGAUCGUGAGCCUUAUUUUGAGCGUCAAGGUAAUUCCAACACAGAUCAUCGGGAUUUCAAGAGAGAGCGGGAGUUGCACAGAGACCGUGGUUCUGUGGACUAUGAACGAGAGAGAUUUGAAAAAGAGCGGCAUCCCCGAGAUGAUAGGACUCAGUCUUACCGUGACAAGAAAGACCAUCCCUCCUCCAGGCGGGGUGGUUUUGAAAGACCACCAUAUGAACGAAAGACAGAUCGUCCAGCAUAUGAUCAUGGGCCUUCCAUGUUUGGAGGUGAUCGUAGAAAUUACCCUGAGGAAAGGAUUCCUAUUUCUACUCCAUCAAUGCCUCGUCAGCCACCACCUGCUCCACGAGUGGAAAGGAAGCCAGAAUCUAAAAAUGUAGAUGAUAUUUUGAAGCCACCAGGACGGGAUAGCAGGCCAGAGAGAAUUGUAAUCAUAAUGAGAGGGUUGCCUGGCAGUGGAAAGACACAUGUAGCAAAACUCAUCAGGGAUAAGGAAGUUGAGUGUGGAGGACCUGCACCAAGAGUGCUCAGCCUGGAUGACUAUUUUAUCACUGAAGUGGAAAAAGAAGAGAGAGACCCAGAUACAGGGAAAAAAGUUAAAAAGAAGGUGAUGGAGUAUGAAUAUGAAGCUGAUAUGGAAGAGACCUAUCGUACCAGCAUGUUUAAAACUUUCAAAAAGACCUUGGAUGAUGGCUUCUUCCCCUUCAUUAUCCUUGAUGCUAUCAAUGAUAGAGUGCGACAUUUUGAACAGUUUUGGAGUGCUGCAAAAACCAAGGGUUUUGAGGUGUACUUAGCUGAAAUGAGUGCAGAUAACCAGACGUGUUCCAAGAGGAAUAUUCAUGGACGCAAGCUAAAGGAAAUCAGCAGGAUGUCUGAUCACUGGGAGGCAGCACCACGUCACAUGAUGCGCCUGGACAUUCGUUCUCUAUUGCAGGAUGCUGCUAUCGAAGAGGUGGAGAUGGAGGAUUUUGAUGCAAAUAUUGAAGACCAGAAAGAAGAAGUCAAGAAGGAUACAGCAGAGGAGGAAGAAAGUGAACUGGGUUACAUUCCGAAAAGCAAAUGGGAGAUGGACACUUCUGAGGCAAAGCUAGACAAGCUGGAUGGUUUGCGGACUGGCACUAAAAGGAAACGUGACUGGGAAGCAAUUGCCAGCAGAAUGGAAGAUUAUCUACAGCUUCCAGAUGACUAUGAUACACGUGCUUCUGAACCUGGGAAGAAAAGGGUGCGGUGGGCAGAUCUAGAAGAAAAAAAAGAUGCAGACAGGAAAAGGGCCAUUGGUUUUGUUGUUGGACAAACAGAUUGGGAGAAGAUAACAGAUGAAAGUGGUCAUCUUGCUGAGAGAGCCCUGAACCGCACCAAGUAUAUAUGAAAAAGUGGUUAAAUGGAAUUUUGUGCCUUUAAGGCCAUUUGCUCUGAGGAGAAGUGAACCAAGGUGUCAUGAGCAUCUUGCAUGGGUCAUGUCACUCCCACUUUCACAGUUUUUCUUUGUUACUUUAGUUUCAGCAGUUUUCUUGAGAUAUUGGCAGAUAACCAGUGCCCUCAAAAAAACCAACGAAUCCCGCUGCUCCUAAGUGAGAGAGACAGUUUACUUUUUAAUAUUUU